AUGAUUGAAGACAAUAAGGAAAACAAAGACCAUUCUUUAGAAAGAGGAAGAGCAACUCUAAUUUUUUCCUUAAAGAAUGAAAUUGGAGGACUUAUAAAAGCACUGAAAAUCUUCCAGGAGAAGCAUGUGAAUCUGUUGCACAUUGAGUCCCGGAAGUCCAAGAGAAGAAACUCGGAAUUUGAGAUUUUUGUUGACUGUGAUAUCAACAGAGAACAAUUGCGUGAUAUUUUUCAUCUGUUGAAGUCUAAUACUAAUGUUCUCUGCGUGAAUCCACCUGAUAAUUUUACCAUGAAGGAGGAUGGUAUAGAAAUGGUUCCUUGGUUUCCAAAGAAGAUUUCUGACCUGGACCAUUGUGCUAACAGAGUUCUGAUGUAUGGAUCUGAACUGGAUGCAGACCAUCCUGGCUUCAAAGACAAUGUCUAUCGUCAAAGGCGGAAGUAUUUUUCAGACUUGGCUAUGAACUAUAAACAUGGCGACCCCAUUCCUAGAGUUGAAUUCACUGAAGAGGAGAUUAAGACCUGGGGAACCGUGUUCCGAGAGCUCAACAAGCUCUACCCAACCCACGCCUGCAGAGAGCAUCUCAGGAACUUACCUUUGCUUUCCAAAUACUGCGGCUAUCGGGAAGAUAAUAUCCCACAGUUGGAAGAUGUUUCAAACUUUUUAAAAGAGCGCACAGGCUUUUCCAUCCGUCCUGUGGCUGGUUACUUAUCAUCAAGGGAUUUCUUAUCCGGUUUAGCCUUUCGGGUUUUCCACUGCACACAGUAUGUGAGACACAGUUCAGAUCCCCUGUACACCCCAGAGCCAGAUACCUGCCAUGAACUUUUAGGUCAUGUCCCCCUCUUGGCUGAACCUAGUUUUGCACAAUUCUCCCAAGAAAUUGGCCUGGCAUCCCUUGGAGCUUCAGAAGAGGCUGUUCAAAAACUGGCAACGUGCUACUUUUUCACUGUGGAGUUUGGUCUGUGUAAACAAGAUGGGCAGCUAAGAGUUUUUGGUGCUGGCUUACUGUCUUCUAUCAGUGAACUCAAACAUGCACUUUCUGGACAUGCCAAAGUGAAGCCCUUUGACCCCAAGAUUGCCUGUCAACAAGAAUGUCUCAUCACAACGUUUCAGGAUGUCUACUUUGUAUCUGAAAGCUUUGAAGAUGCAAAGGAAAAGAUGAGAGAAUUUACCGAAACAAUUAAGCGCCCAUUUGGAGUGAAGUAUAAUCCAUAUACACAAAGUAUUCAGAUCUUGAAAGAUACCAAGAGCAUAACCAGCGUCAUGAAUGAGCUGCAGCAUGAUCUCGGUGUUGUCAGCAACGCCUUUGCUAAGGUCAGCCAGCGCCGAGCAUCUGA